CUAUAGGCUAGAGUGUAAAUGCAGCAGGAAUAUGGUGUGAUGAUGAGAAGUGAGUAAAGUCAGAUGAGUGUGAGGACGGAGCUGGACACUUCUUUUUUUUCUAAGAUCCAAAGAUGCUCUGACGUCACCGUGUUGAAAUAUUUUUCUGUCGCUCAGCCGGUUUGGAGCUGACAGUCCGCUCAAGUUGCCAGAGAGCGCGCGCGCCUGGCGCUGGCCCCUGCUGCUGCUGCUGCUGCUGCUGCUGUUUUCCACCCGCGCGUGAUGACCGUGGAGGCUUCCAGGAGUUUUAAAACAGGACGUCGAUGCCAAACUCAGCGCGCGGCGAGGGGUCCCUACUUAAUGAACUGAAGAGAUGGGACGCAGAUGGAUUGUGUUAAAAUGCUCCGUGGUCAAGUGAUGGAAGUGUUAGGCUACCGAGUGACUGAAGUUUUCUGAUUUGUUUUCUGAUUUGGAGUCAGUUAAAACCAGAAAAGGACGGAUCGCCAAAUCAAUUAGAAAACCAUGCACUGUUCAUAUCCAUGGAGAGAUGGCAUGCGUGCUCCUCUUCAGUCGACUUCUCCCCUUCUCGCACAGGCUCACAAGAACGUCCAUUUGCUUGUUAUCUCUUCUCCUUUCAUAUCUGUGCUACUGUGCGCUGUUCCCCGCCGAUACCAUCAUGCAAAAGUCAGGUGAUCCGACGCCGAGCUGCCAACGCGUCCUGGCCGAUGGAGCCAAAAGGCGCCUCCAGAAAUCCCUCUCCUGCGUUUCGCCGUCGGACGCGAGACCGAGCGGCGCCGAAGCAUCCCGGCCGAGAGCGGACCAAGUAAGACCCUCUUCGGCUCUCCACGUCGUCAGGAACGACACGCCCAGUCCUCCGAUGAGUAAUUUAAAGUUUGGGAAUAAAAAGUUACCAAACGCCAUCAUAGUUGGCGUGAAAAAGGGGGGCACGAGAGCGGUUCUGGAGUUCAUAAGGAUCCACCCAGACGUGCGAGCGGCUGGCACCGAGACACACUUCUUCGACAGGAACUAUGACAGAGGCCUGGAGUGGUACAGAGGUUUAAUGCCAAGGACUCUUGAGAGCCAAAUCACAAUGGAGAAGACACCAAGCUACUUUGUGACAAAAGAAACCCCGCACCGGAUCUCUGCCAUGUCCCAAAAUACCAAACUCAUUGUGGUGGUGCGAGACCCCGUCACUCGUGCAAUAUCAGAUUACACUCAGACUUUAUCCAAAACUCCAGACCUGCCGAGCUUCCAGGAGCUGGCCUUCAGAAACCAGUGCCUGGGCAUCGUGGACACAUCCUGGAACGCCAUUCGGAUCGGCCUGUACGCUCUGCACCUUGAAAACUGGCUCCGCUACUUCCCCCUGGCUCAGAUCCACUUUGUGAGUGGGGAGCGUCUUAUCACCGACCCGGCAGGGGAGUUGGCUCGGGUGCAAGACUUCCUUGGUUUAAAGCGCAUUGUCACAGAUAAACACUUCUAUUUCAACCGCACCAAGGGCUUCCCUUGCCUUAAGAAGCCGGAGAGCAGUGGCUCGCCCCGCUGCCUGGGCAAGUCCAAGGGCAGAACUCACGUGCAGAUAGACAGAGAUGCUAUUGAGCAACUGCGAGACUUCUACAGACCUUACAAUGUCAAGUUUUAUGAAAUGGUGGGUCAUGACUUUAAGUGGGACUAGAGAUUUUAGACAUAUUUCUCAAUGGCACAAGAAAGAUUUAUGUAUUCUUUCAAAAAAGGGUUUGCCUACAGUAAUAUGUCACGGCUAAGGCAGAUAGCUAACGAUCAGCAGUCUUCAGACAAUUUGUGUGAAACAGCAACAGCAGUAUUAUUCUUUGAAGUGACACUAAUGAACAGAGCAAAAUCUAAGAUGACAUUGCUUUUGCACUUGUAAUGAUCAGUUACCAGCUAGCAUCAGCAUCCUGUUUGUUGCUUGAUAUAAGGUAGCCAUCAUUUCAGCCUCACAUGAUUUCUGUUCCUGUAACUGUAGAUUUGUUGCUGACUAGAUUCCCCAUUUGCUGACUGGUUUAUAAAAAGGAUAGAGAUAGAGAGAGAGAGCGAGAGAGAGAGAAAAUUCCAGGGAAUGGGAUUAGUUCCUCUUAAAACCUGCUUCACUAAUCAAGGCAGGGUUUGAAAGCAAGACCUUGGAAAAUGUCAGUGAAGUCUUCAGGGAGAGCAGAAUUAAGCUGCAGCACUGUGGUGGUAAAUCCAAAAUGUAAAGCCAUAACACAAGUGUGAACCAUUUUAAUGUUACUAACUGUGGGUCUCAUCAGUUUCUAUACAGAGUGAAAGAUAUGUUUUCUUUCCAGAAUGAACCAGAUAAGUUAGCACAUGCUGCAACAUGCAGCACUUCACUUUGUACUCUGUGAUUUAUUUGCAGAAAUUCAUGUUUCUAUUUUUGUUACAAAAGUAUUUAAUCACUGCCUUAGCCACAAUGCUUGUCAAUGAACACCAUUAAAUGAAGCAGAUACACAAAUACAUUUAUGAAAGUAUUAAUUGUGUCUCAUCUGAAGCCUUUGACCUCGAUAAAUUACAAUUCACAAAUAUGCCUACUGAAUCAUUUUUAAAUCCCCUCCUACUCCCUUUUGCUUGAUUUUUAUAAAACCACAUAACCAAACAAUGGUCCUUAAAACUGAAAAUUGACAUCAUAUGAUUGAAAUUUAAACCUCUUAGAAUGUGGCUGAAUCUGUACAAUACCUCUCUUUUUGCAUUGAGUUGCAGUUAAAUUGUGGUUUUCACUAGAUUAGACCUGUUACAGUUGCCAGUCACCCACGUCGCCGGUGAAAACAUAUCCUUUAAGGUUUAUUGCAUUCUGUAAGGUCUGUGGUGUGCCUCGGUUUGGGGUAGGUCGAUGAGUGGGUGUAGGUGUAAGGAAUUUCAAUCACUUUUCAAAGACAAAGCAAGGAACACCUAGUCGUGGCAGGUUAUCAAAUAGAUUCUGGGACUGCGUGCCACAUGAUUGCAGUGAAAAGUUUGGAUUUGGCUACAUGUUAUGAAUACUAAAGCCAGACUAUCUCAGCUUAAGCCAGACUGAUACACUGCUGCAAAAACAAAGGAAAAACACUUUGUGACACGAUGAACAGGGAAAUUUGAGCAUAUUUUAUGAAUUGGGUGAUUUGGUACUGAAAUUCCUUACCACACAAUAUGAUAUCAUGGGCAAGACUCACACUUAAGACUUAUGCUUUAAAUUUAGAUGUAAUUAUUUGGUAAGUAGGGUACCAGCACCUGCAUUAUAUACAGGUACUGGUGUAUUCUGUAUGUACAAGAGGAGAUGAAAUAAGGGGGUAGUAACUAUAUGUUUCAGAGGUUCUUAGAAAAAAAUUGCAAGUAUUUAUUAAGCGAAUGAGUAACUAUUUCAUUAUUUAUAGCAUAAAGUAACAUUAUUACUGGGUGACAAGGCAUUAACAAUGGGGAAAUGAUAACAUUGUUGAUACUGAGUGUGUCAGUGUGUCAAGACUGUGUGUCAGUGAUGAUAUUAU